AUGGCCUCCAUGGCGGCGGCAAUCGCGGCCUCGCGCUCAGCCGUCAUGAACGGGAACCGGCCUCUGGACGACAAGGAGCGAAAGCGCUUCACCUACUUCUCGUCGCUGAGCCCUAUGGCCAGGAAGAUCAUGCAGGACAAGGAAAAGGUCCGGGAGAAGUACGGCCCCGAGUGGGAGCGGCUGGCCCCGGCGCAGCAGGACGAGGUCAUCGACCAGCACCUGGUGGGCCCGCACGUCCAGGCGCGCUACGCCGCGCCCCGCGCCCCGGACCCCGCGCCCGGCGGCCUCCCCGGCCCGCGCCCGCCCACCGGCCAGAAGAUCGUGCGCUUCGGGGAUGAGGACAUAACUUGGCAAGAUGAACACUCAGCCCCUUUCUCCUGGGAAACAAGGAGUCAGAUGGAGUUCAGCAUCUCCUCCUUGUCGGUCCAAGACCCAGGUGCCACCUCGCAGGCCAAGUCCUCUCAGGGCAACAAGACCCCUGGCGCAGACGUGAUGGGAGAGGAGGCUGCCUUUUGGAAGAUCAAUGCUGAGCGGUCCCGGGGCGAGGGGCCCGAGGCUGAGUUCCAGUCACUGACCCCCAGCCAGAUCAAGUCCAUGGAGAAAGGGGAGAAGGUCAUACCAGUCAGCCACCGCCAGGAACCUGCCCUAAGGGACAGGGAGGCCCAGGCCGAGUGGAUUGCUGGCCCCUGGCAGGAGCCGCGUGACCUUCCUGGCAUCGGGGCAGAACCUGAGAGACCUCUGCCCACCCAGCGCCAGCUGUCCACCAGCCCACCAAGGGAGGCUGGCCCUGCCGAGCCUGUUAUGAAGCCGCCCGUUCCAGAUGCCACCCAGGAGGACACAGGAGACGCUCUGUUUUCUGAACCCUCAGCUGUGCAAGCCAGCUUCAGCAAUGUCAUUUUGAAGACGGGAUUUGACUUUCUGGACAACUGGUAA